AUGGGAAACAGUAUGAUUAUAAAAUAAUUCAGAUUUAUGCGGAUUGGAGGAAGAGAAGAAACAUGUUUUGCAUCCGGAAUCCAAAAUAAUCACGACCAGAACAAUCGAUAAAAGCACAAUCUCAAUAAUCCAGGCUGACAUAGCUGAGGAUUUGACAGAUGUCAUCGGUACUAAUUGCAAUUGAUGUUAGUGAAUGCAUCUCAUGAACCGGCGUGGUCAUAUCUAUCAAAAAGGUAUUGUUUUUAACUAUUCCAUUAUGCAGAGAUAAGAACAACAAAGCCAAUGAGCUCACCCAGCAAAGUAUGUUAUAUUCCAAUUCAUCAAUAGUGAAAAUAGGGGAAAUGAUUAAAACUAAAAGCGAGAAUGUUAACUCUCUGGAAAUCUAUCACGUGCGCUUACCAUAUUAUUAAGUACAAUUGGAUAUUUAUACUUCAAGGAUACAAGGGAUCUAUAAUUAAUAUUCUAGAGCUAUCAAGCAUGUUUGAGACAAAAGGGAUUCAACUCCAUAUCCUUUACUGAGUAGAACUCCCCCAACUUUGCAAUUCCCAAGCAAUUUCACGCCGAAGUUCUCAUCAGAGCAAUCUUAUAGUUAUUGAAAAUCAUUUAUCCCUUAGAUCGAUAACAGAUGACGAAAUUGCCUUUGAACAGAUAAAAUUUGUUAGUUUGGAUUAAGUUACUCUGAAGUACUUCUCAUAUGAGUUGAUGAAAUUAUUGGAUGAGUUCAGAAUACCUGAAUUAUAUAAAUGUAGACAACAAUAAUUUCUCGAUUACUUAUGUAAGAUCAAUGUUUAAUUUAGAAAAUACUGAAGAAUUAAAGCAGGAAGUAUACUUAUUGAGUACUGGUAUCACUACUGAAAUAGAAUAGCCUGAUGGACAAUUGUGA